GGUGCAGCGGGGACAGAGUCAGGUGUAGCAGAGGACGUGGGCUCCGGCAGAGCUUUGAAUGCUUCCGCCAACCUCUCCCGGGAAGUAGAAGCUGAAUUUCUGCCCCGGUCCUCCCGCGCUGCCAGCUGUGCUGGAUCCUCCCCUUGGCAGCUUUGCUCCCUGUCCUGCCCGCCCCUUCGCUCUUGCAUAUAUGACCCUCUCCAGGCAGCUCGGGCUUCACAAUCCCCCAGUCCAGGCGGCUGUACUUCCACUUGCACGCCCCAGCAGCCCGGAACGUCUGCUCCGACAUGGCAAAAUGCAAAGCAUGUGGCCCAGGAUAUGCAACUCCUCUGGAUGCCAUGAAAGGUCCCCGGGAGGAGAUUGUGUACCUGCCUUGUAUCUACAGAAACACUGGGAUAGAGAAACCUGACUACCUGGCCACUGUGGAUGUUGACCCCAAGUCUCCACACUAUUGUCAGGUGAUCCAUCGCCUGCCCAUGCCGAAUCUUAAGGAUGAGCUCCAUCAUUCAGGGUGGAAUGCCUGUAGCAGCUGCUUUGGGGAUGCCACAAAGAAAAGAAAUCGUCUGAUUCUACCAAGCCUGAUCUCUUCUCGCGUUUAUGUGGUGGAUGUGGGAACAGACAUGCGGGCUCCUAGAAUCCAUAAGAUUGUUGAGCCGGUGGAGUUGUUCUGGAAGGGUAACGUGGCUAAUCCUCACACCUCUCACUGUCUGGGCAGUGGUGACAUCUUAAUCAGCUGUAUGGGAGACCCUUCUGGCAACGGGAAAGGUGGCUUUAUUUUGCUGGAUGGAGAGACCUUUGAAGUGAAAGGAAAUUGGGAGAAUGGGGCAGAGGUGCCCCCCCUGGGUUAUGACUUCUGGUAUCAGCCACGGCACAAUGUCCUGAUGAGCACCGAAUGGGGAGCCCCAAAAGUCUUGGCAGAUGGGUUUGACCCAGCUGAUGUAGAGAGAGAGCACUAUGGCCGCCGCAUUAAUGUGUGGGACUGGAGCACUCACGCCUACAUUCAGGCAAUUGACCUAGGGAAGGGCUCCAUACCGUUGGAAAUCCGAUUCCUCCACAAUCCGGAUGCUGCGGAAGGGUUUGUUGGGUGUGCUCUGAGUGGUGCGGUGCAUCGGUUCUACAAGACGGAGAAAGGAGACUGGGCAGCAGAGAAGGUGAUUGAAGUACCCAGCAAGAAGGUGCAAGGAUGGCUUCUCCCUGACAUGCCUGGUCUUAUCACCGACAUCCUCAUCUCGCUGGAUGACAGGUUCCUGUACUUCAGCAACUGGCUGCACGGAGACAUCCGCCAGUACGACAUCUCCGACACCCGCAAGCCCAAGCUGGUGGGGCAGGUGUUUCUGGGAGGCAGUAUCACCAAGGGUGGGCCUGUAACUGUAGUGGAAGACAAGGAAUUGCGGUGUCAGCCAGAGCCAUUUGUGAUCAAAGGGAAGAGGGUGCCAGGUGGACCUCAGAUGAUUCAGCUUAGCUUGGAUGGGAAGAGACUGUAUGUCAGCAGCUCUCUCUACAGCGGAUGGGACAAGCAGUUCUACCCGGAUCUUGUCAAGGAAGGCUCUGUUAUGCUGCAGAUUGAUGUGGAUACUGAAAGAGGUGGAUUGAAAGUGAAUAAAAACUUCCUAGUGGAUUUUGGGAAGGAACCCGAUGGGCCUGUCCUAGCUCAUGAGAUUCGUUACCCUGGUGGAGAUUGUACCUCUGAUAUCUGGAUGUAAUGGUGUUACGGAGAUGUUUUAUUUCUUUUUUAUUUCAGUCUUUUUUUUUCUCUUCCUCUCUCCCUCUCCUCCCUUUGUAGGUGAAUCGGUUCAGCUAGAACUUUGUCUGCUGUCUAAAUUUAGCCUUCCGUUAGGGUGAGCCACAGAAGCUCCACUUUCUUCUCAUUCUGAGGCAGCCAAGUGAAUCUCUCUGAAACACGAUCUACAUCUCCUUUUCCCUCCUCCUUCCUCCUGUGUAAUCACUGUUGACUGUAGAUUUCAAGGCCGAGGUCACCAUUCUUUUAAGGACUGUUUGCGUGUUCGGUGCCACUUUGCCUUGGCACUGUUUGUUGGCGGAGAAGCUGUUCCUGGAUAACUCCAUAAGGAUACAUCCCACGGGCUCGCCCCGGAGCGGGAGAGUCCUGUCCCUGCAAAGCUUAAUUUGCUCAUAAAGUAAUCAGUGCUUUACAGCAGACACAGCAUAAAAAUCAUGCAUAUCUAAUCUGAAGCCACAUGUUUCUGAAGCUGGGUUAUAUUUUAACAUUUGUGCUUUGAUGUUACAAAAAAUCAACAAUAAAACUGUUCUCCGAGUUAGGUGGAGCUGCACAUUUUUUUUCUUUUUAGCAUUUCAGCGUUUUCUAUUUCAAAGAACAGAAAUGUAAGGGCAUUUCAGAGAGUAACAAUGUCAUUGUCCAAAAAUUCUUUGGUGAGGAAUUUAUUUUCGCUGAAGCCUCCUUUGUUCCCAUUGCUGCAAGCAAAGAUUCUCUUUCAUUUCCUAAGACUGGAGAAAACUGAAGAAAACUUUUCUGCGCCCUGUGCCAAAGGCAGGUGUUUUACAGGUGCCUUUCAGGUGUCUUACAGCUUCUUGAACAGACAAGCACUGACAAAUCCACCCUUUCUUCUCUUGCCAGUUCCUGAUGCAUCUUCCCGAAGCUGUUUCUUGGGUCUGAUUCUCAUUCCUGCCUCUCCAGAUCUGUUGCUUUCCCAUCUGUGUCCAUUGCCAGCCUCUGCCGUUUCCUGCCGAGCUUUAGCGUUGCCAGUCACAACGCUGGAAUCACAUCAGCAGCGUCGGAGGAGCAGCGCGUUAAUGGGACUUCCCGCUGGAGCCUUUCGGCUGGGGUUUUAUUCCAACUUCUACUGUGCUUCCACAGCAAAAUCCUCAUCUAGCUGACAUCUCUUUGUAAUCAAGACUUCAUUCUGUACGUAGCUGCUUACUGUCUUGCCUAACCUAUCUGGAACCAGGCUUUAAGAGUUUGAUUUUCUGGUUUUCACGCAGGGCACUGCCCUGCUGCCACAGACGGUUCUGUUAGGACCUUGCAAAGCCAGAAAGCUCCCUACCUGACAUGGCAUUGCAGCCACCCGUGUCCGAUGUCAAAGCCCCGUUUCAGCAGCUUCUUGUUAGGAAUGGGUGAUGUUUAAACCACCUGGCUGCAAGGGCCCGUUGUUUUCCUUGCAAAGGGGCUGGUUUCGCAAACAGAGCGUACACUGCUAACCCGGGUAAAUGCUGCUAACAGUCCAGGCUGAGCGGGCGCAGUGGGUGCUCAGUGUCUAAGCAAUCUCAUGCUCUCUGGGGGAUGCACUGAUUUGUUAGGAAAUCAUUUGAGCGCUUUAAACUGGAAAAGGUACAUGGCCUUCCGCUUGGCCAGGUGAGGGCAGACUGCAGCCCGUCUUUGUGCGGCACAGAAGUACACCUGGGAGAUCUCUCACUCUGCUAGCAAUUUUAGUUGGUGAUUUUCCAUGGAUCACAAACUUGCUGGUGAGGGUGGCCCUCAGGUCUCUUCUCAGUCCACCAGUGUAUGGCAGGGUGACUGAGGUCUCUCACUCCAGCUACAGUGAGCAUUCCAGUCUGAGUCCCGUCCCGAAAUCUCAGUUGGAGAUGCCCCUGAGUACAAGUGCGUACAACUGCUGAAGUGCAACUUGCUUCUAUUCCUUGUAAAAGCCAAAUAUUAAAUGCAAAAAUGUGCUUAGAGAAGGAAGAGAAAAGCAAAGUGUGGUACUCCCUUGAAUUAAAAUAUUCCCUUUUUUCCUAAUAUCUGCUACUCCAGGUACUGAAAGAGGUAAGUGGUGAGUAGAGAGUUUCUCCUGCUUCUGGGAGGAAACCACUGGGUCUCCCCAUGCUUAUGGCAUCCAUGUCUGGGUCUACUCUAUUGCAAGGUGGACUCACCUGACCGUAUUGACAACACCUUCCCUGGCUCUAAGGAAGUUUCCGAGGGGACGCUGUCAUGGUAAAUACCCACGGUCAGUCAGAGGCCAUUGGAAGCAGACCCCAGCAUUCCAGAUGUUAGCCACGUGCCUGCUGUUUGGAGAAUCUCUGAAGGUGGUGUGAAACCUCACCCUAAUGACUGACCCCUGUCUUUCUCAUGCGUGUCAAAGUGGAAAAAAAUAAAUGCAGCGAAACAAAGUAAGCUGGUGAAUGCAGAGUAGGUCCAGAUAGGUGGUGGGUCAAAAAAGGAUGCCGACGUGUCCAUUCAGUAGUGUUGUAGAGGUUUUACCCACUGGCCAAAAUCCACCCUUACUCACAAGCACACAGAGCUCUGGGUCUGCACACACUCUUUGAUGCUGUUCGCCGAAAUUGUGCAAAUGUGAAGAAGCCGGUGAACGUGACCUAGCCUCUGCAGCCCAUGGUACCUCCAAACUGCCUCCAGGUUUUGGCAUUAAAGAAAGUAAAUGCUCUUCCAGAUGACCACAGGAGGGCACAGUGCAGCUUGCCUAUUCCUUCCGCAGUAACGAUUCCCUAGUUUUUGCUCAUUCACUGUUAAUUUGAGGUUACAGAUUCAUUUAUACUUCUGCUGCCAGGCCAUAUCCAAGACAAGUAGAUGUGUUUAUACCAGAGAGUCUAUUUGUAGUGUCUUCGACAAGUGCGGGAGGACAGCCAGGUCUAUUAUAUCCCAGCUAUUAGCUGAGAGGGUUAGAGAAUGGAGAACAGCUUCGGCUUAAGUGAAGCCAGAGCAGUCGUGAUGAGAGUUCCCAUCAAAAAAAACCUAUUUUCUGGUCUGAUACCCUGAGCUCUUCUCUGGUGAAGACUUACCUCCUACUUUUGGGUCUAAGAGUGCAGGGAAGUGGCUUGUUGUUUACCGAGAAGUGUAAACGGGCCCUUGGAGUGGAAGCUGAAGUGUCUGGGUAAGCUGCUCAGCAGAUGCAUUCCUGGUUUGCAUUUCCGUCCCCGUCAGCGGAGGAAAGUCAACCGUUCCCAUUUGCAUUUGUGCGGUGCUCGUGGGGACUCUCAAGGGAGGUUGCUGGUGCCCGUCUUUAGGCAGAGGCCUGGAAGAGGAGAAGCAGCCGGUCCUGCUCGCCCGUCCUCCCCAGCGGCGUGGUGCUGCCGCUCCCCUUGUGUGGGU